AUGGUAGCGACACCAAAAGACAGAUCCACGACCAUGGCGACAAGCACGCCUCCAUCCCCUUUACCUAUCCUCGUCAACAUCCUAAAAUCUCACACAAGGACCCCAGAAGAAGGUUACAAAGUCCUGCAAGUCUACCAAAUGUUCCUUGAUUACGCCUUACAAUGCCGCACUGAUGAUGCCUUUGUAGAUCCCCUCGACGCCACUGGCAUACCCGAAGAAUGGCACGACCUCCGUAGCUGGCUCCACACGCAACAUCCCGAUACCAACACUCUUGAGAGAUUCCCCUCCUAUCAUGACGUCGCCACCGAACUCAUCCGCAACCUACCAGAACGCAACCGUCUAACGCUAGUGACAACCUCUAAGAGCUAUUGUUAUCACGUUGGCGAGCAGGCAGGGUUUACGCUGAGAACUCUCAUUCGACACGGAGGCUUCAAAGAGCUAUUGAAAUACAUCAUAAAACUGCAGCCACGAUGCGCGGCGCAGACCAUGGAAAAAGAGCAUAAAAUAGCCAUAGACCGAGAUCGAGAAACACAUUUCAUCGAAGCGAUACGCAAACAAAUUGAUACUGUAAACCCGGAAAAGAUCAAGAACACGCUGGCUGCGCUCUCGGAAGUCUCAGUGCGUGCCGCUGCUUUCCUCCAAAAGUGUGACUUCACGGUUACGCAGGAAACUGCCCACGAAUUUUCCAUGGAUGCAAUCAUGUACGCCCGUUCUAUCGUGUCAGAGCCCCUCAGCCGGGUUCCACUGGCUCUGAGGCGCGAUUUGGCGCGCCUCGAUGUAGCAGUGUUGGCACGGUCACUGUUGCACCAAGCAUUUGCCAUCGCGAAGACAACUCCUGUACGGCAGGAGUUAGCCUGGCGUCUACACCACUGGAUGGCGCAUCGCGUGAAGGAUGCCUUCGGGCUUAACGUUCAUGACCAGUUCCGCUACUUCGAGAUUGAAGUCGCAGUGACCGAAGUGAUGCGCAGUCCGUUCCGAUGGCAAGGUUUCUUCGCUGCGAAUCCGACGCCAGUUGCUAAUUUCCUUCCACACGGUUGGGAAGACCAGGAUGGGGACCGUUUCUCCUAUGGUGACCUGAAUAUCCCGCCGCUCGAGGAGGAGGAGGAUGCGCCUUCGUCCAUGGAAGACGUGGAUAGGGUACCGGAUAGUCCGCUGCGAACUGCGCGCAUCUGCUCUUCACCGGUACGCACAGUAGAUGAGAUUGGGCCAGACUCUACUUGCGCGAUAUGUGGGGAUGCGCUCGCUUUAGUCGAAAGGUACUGUCUGCAAAUGCCUAUGCGUGCGCAUUGCAGCGGGGGGCAUAUGUAUCACUAUGAAUGCUUGACGAUGUUGAUCAACGGCAUUCAUGCGUACGCAAAUAAGUGCCCUGUUUGCCGUCGAGAGAUUUGUUCAUUGCGACGCAGCAAGCCUAUCAUUCACGACGAUGAGGAGAUGGACGAAGAGUUGGACGAGGAGUCGGACGAGGAGAUGGACGAAGAGGUGGAAGAAGAGGUGUACGAGGUGGACGAAGAAGUGAGCGAGUGGGUGCAUGAACGGGUGAACGAGUGGGUGAACGAGCGGGUGGACGAGGAAAUGAACGAGGAGAUGGAUGAGGAGGUGAACGAGGAGAUGGACUCAUCGUAG